CGGAUUCGUCCUCGUCAAGUCACUCCGUCCCCCUGCCCUGUCCCGGGUCCGUUCUCGCCAAUUCACUUCACGUGUCCCCAGGCACCCCGAAGCGAGCAAGGCAGGAACGAACGCAAAGAUCACUCCACCCGUCGGUCGCUACAAUUUCACCAUCGACGUCGAAGGGAAGGCCAGUUUCCUGACGUGGCCUAGCCAAACCUGUGCCUGGCCCAGGGAACCGUGGGCCCAUAUCAGCGCAUUCCAUGCAACGCAUCUCAACGGCCAUUGUCACCUCCGCUGUUUUGGUCUCGCCACUUUGGGCUCGAAGCGAGCACGCAGAGCUGCUGAAAACUCUCGCCUUCAUCGCAUCGCUGGUCUUUAACAUCCCCAUCACGCCCGCGCAGCUGCGAACGUACACGUAUACGCAUACGCUGAAUCCGAUGGACCCCCUGCGUCAUCCCAUGAUGCGGCCGAAAACUCGCACAUCCUCCAUCGUGUCCGUGGUGAUGGACAAAUACAUCUCGGCACUGUCCUCGCACAACCUCGGGCUGACCGAGCACCACCGCGAGAUCAUCACUGGUUUCCUGUCGACGCUGGUGGCAUGCGACAACCUGUCAGAGACUGUCCUUCCACCCGCAGAUCUGCUCACGAUGAGCACACCAACCGCUUUCCACGUUGGCACGGGGCUCACGGUCACGAAGACCAUCGCCGCCGCUAUAGCUAACGCAAAACACUCUGUUCUCUUCAGUACAUGCUUCUGGGCCGAAUCGCAAAGCCGCGAGGUGCUGGCCGAGGCGCUGCGGGACCUCUCGCACCGGGCCUUGGCGAAUAUCGCGGGGAGGAAGGUAGUGGUGAGAAUCGGCUUCUCGUCUUCGUCCGCCGCACAGAAGUUAUUCCACACCAGCUCUCCACAAGGGAAAACGCAUCUGCCAAGUACGUGGGCCACCAUGGGAUUGCCUGGGCCAGAGGAGUUGCUGGGACUGGAUAUGAGCGUGAAGAGCAUAUUCUUCCUUCCGUUCAGUGUGCUCCACAGCAAAUUUUGCAUCGUCGACGGCCACACGUUGUUUCUGCCCUCGGCCAAUAUCAGCUGGGAAACAUGGCUGGAACAGUGCACAACACUCACCGGCCCCAUCGUUACCGCAUUCACGCAAUUCUGGCAGCAGAUCUGGGCGGGCUCGAACGUACUCGCGCUCCCACCACCAGCAGACUCCCCCGAUCCCCCUCCACCAACAUCAAAAACCUACCCAACCAUCUUCCUCCCACAUCCACACCACCGAAACCCCUCGUUCCGCCCUUCGCUCCCCCUAAAAGCCCUCUGCUUCCCCAGCGCUCCACCGCCACUCCCACCCAGCACCCCUCAAAACACCUUCCUCCUCCACGCCCUGAACUGCGCCACCACCAACGUCUACUUACACACCCCGAACCUAACAUCCCAACCGCUCCUGCACGCGCUCGAGGCCGCUCUCGCCCGCGGCGUAAACAUCGACAUCGUCACGUGCCGGGGCAUGAUGUUCAUCGAGCAGCUAGUGACGACGGCGGGCACCGCCACAACCGAGGGGUGCAUGCGCUCCCUCAUCAAGGCUGACGAAUCCCUGCGCGCGGGGCGCGGCUACGUCGCGCGGCAGCAACGCGUAUCCAAAGGCCUGCUGGGGAUAUGGUACUACACGGGCGCAUCGACGAGCCGGUCGCCACCGGCCCACCCCGCCGAGGACGCAGUGCAGAGCCACGUCAAGGCCAUGAUUUUCGACGCGGAGAUCACGGUGCUUGGCAGUGCGAACGGUGACAGAGCGAGUUGGUAUACGUCCCAGGAAGUCAAUGUCGCUGUCUUUGGGAAGGAGUUUGCGAGAGAUACCAGGAGGGAGCUGGUUAAGGCCCUCGGGGGGAGGGUCGAGAGGGUCGUCGGCGUCGCCGGGCUGCUAGAGGAGGCCGUUGGGACUAAGGCCGCGCCUGCGGCGGAGACGAUGGUGGCUGAGAUGGCGUAGGUGCUGGUGGGGGAUUAGGUGGGGGAUUGGGUGAAUGGAUUGUGUUUUACGGCUGCGGGUUCGGCGUUGAGUUUGCGUUUGUGGGUUGUUUGAUGGGGGUUAUGUACAAUACGUUCUGUUUGUUUGGUGCGGUGGGUAAGUGCAAUACCUAUGUUUUUACCUGGUAGAUGGAGGGCUGUGGGAUAUACAAGUCUCGGUGCUGUGGACUGGUGGGCGGCAGUGGUGAAUUAGGAAUUGAUAUCAAAAGUCUGCAC